GUAAGAACCACUUUCACCUGAACUCCUGAAGCAAAAGCAAUGGCCAUGAGAGCGCUUCCGCUGACCCCUUCCAGGAGCUCCUCGUUUGGAGCUCACCAAACCAGGCCGAGCGGCGGCGGCCCCAGAUCAGUGAGAGCUUAUGCGAAGGGAGACGAGGAGGGCGACAAGCAGUCCCUCUUCGGAAGCAUCACCGAGGCGCUGGACUUCUCGCAGGUCCGGUCGGAGAAGGACGCCGAGCUGCUGUACGAGGCCAGGGAGUCCACCAGAGGUGGAGGGAGGAUGACGAGGGAGCAGUACGGAGCACUUAGGCGGAAGAUUGGUGGCACCUACCAGGAUUUCUUCAAGUCAUAUGUUGAAGUCGACGGGCAAUACGUGGAGGAGGGUUGGGUCGACAAGACCUGCAAGAUCUGCAAGAAGGACACAAGGGGGGAGCCGAGGCAGGUUGACAAGCUAGGAAGAUACGCUCACGUUGCGUGCCUGGAGAACCCCAAACCGACGAACUUUUUCGCCAAAAUCUUCGCCAGAUGAACUAUGCUGCGUCCGUCGAAAGCGUUGUCUCGCUCGCUCGUGGUUAGAGAGUACAAUAUAUAGGUAGUGUUGUUGUGGCUUCAAAGGGGACAAGAUUGUGCACAAUUUUCCAAAUGGAUUGGUAUGUACUGAUGAGCAUCAGCGCGUUCCAUAGUUCCGACU